UCAAUUCGCCUUGAGUACGUAUUUUUUGUUAAUUGCUUUAAAAAAUUUAAAUUUUGAAAGAAAUAUAAUGGAACCGUCGAAAUUCAAUCAAAAUAUAUGCCGUAUUUGUCUGGAAGACAAUGUAACUGUAAACUGGAACAAAGAAAUUGAAAUAUCAUGUGGUUUCAGCUACAAAGAUUGUUACUACAAAUACACAAAGAUACCGGAAGAUGAUACAUAUCCUCUACCAAUUAAUUUAUGUGCAAAAUGCUGCAGUGGUCUUAAAAAUGCUCAUUUAUUAUUUGAAAAAGCAUACGAAUCAUAUAAAAAUCUCUGUGAUGAUCUCUUCGCAAUAGAACUAGAAAGUGAUUUGGUGAAUGAUGAAACAAUGAAAUUUAAAAUAAAGUUUAUUGAUGAUCGUGAUUUUAAUGAUACAAUUGAGCAGGAUACUCUGACAAAUGAUGCGACAAUUACGAAUGUAGAAGAGGAAUUGUUGGACCACACAAGUGAUAACGAUAAUGAACAGAAUGACAGCACUGAAAAUAAUAUACAUAAUAGUAUUACUAGAGAAAGAAACUCAGAGCAGGAUACUCUGACAAAUGAUGCGACAAUUACGAAUGAAGAAGAGGAAUUGUUGGACCACACAAGUGAUUACGAUAAUGAACAGAAUGACAGCACUGAAAAUAAUAUACAUAAUUGUAUUACUAGAGAAAUUAAAAUGAGUGAAGACGAAACAAUUGAAAAUGAAAAUUUAUCAAAUGACAAAAUGACUUCCGGUCAAGAGUUUUCUAAAAGUUCUUAUUCAAACCUUUCAACCUCAUCGUCUGCUAGUAAAAAGAGAAAACAAAAGAAAUAUUUGUGUGCAUAUUGCUCUUUAGUAGUCAACGAUAGAUCAUCUCUUAAAGUUCAUGAAUCUACACACAGUGAAAAUAGAAAACGUAGUGAAACCUGUCCCCAGUGUGGACUUAAGUUCUAUACAAAAAUGGCAUUGAGAAAUCAUAUGGACAUUCAUGCACAAAAUCGUGAAAAGAAAUUUAAAUGUGAAUUUUGUGUUAAAGCCUUUUAUAAUCGAGGUGCCCUUAAUGUUCAUAGACGUAUACAUCUGGGCCAGAUGAUACCGUGUAAGCUAUGUCCAAAAGAAUUCUAUCGACAAAUUGAUUUAGACAAACAUUUGGCAAAACACUCAACAGCUCCUCUGCAUAAAAAAGCUGAAAAGUCCAAAUAUACAGUACAAUGUCAGUAUUGUAAUGAGACAGUUGCCACUGCAAAAUGGAAGACACAUAAAGCUAUUCAUCUCAAUCAACCUCCGGUGAAGUGUAAAGUUUGCGACAAAGAAUUCUUUUCUAGAGACAGGGUAGUACGACAUUUAAGAAAAGUACAUGGUAAAACUAUAGAGGAAUAUGAUGAAUUUAUUGAAUAUCUUGAUUCAAAUAUACGUAUGUCGCACUUAAUGAUACAACAACAAGAAAUAGUAGUACCUGUUUCAAAAUAAAUAAUUUAAAAUAAUAGCAAAAUGAAGACAUUUGGUAUGCUAGUUUAACACCCAA